AUGAUAGUCAAUCUCUACUGGAUCACGCUUUUUGUUCUUCUUCCCGUCACAGUGUUGCUUAUGAGCAGGAGCCUACUGGCCAAAGCAGCACGAAGUUUCCUCGCCAAAGCAAAAAGACACACAUCAGACACUCCACCAUCAUCACCAACAGAUUCCGUCACAGGAGAAGAUGACCAUGAGCGAAUCAAAGACAAGGAAGCGCGGGCGUUCCAGAUCAAGUUUCUCAAGGUGUACCUUUUUGCCAUGGCGGCCGACUGGUUGCAGGGGCCAUACACUUACCCCCUCUUCAAGACCGAGUUUGAGUUUCCAGAAAAGACGGUCGCGUCACUGUACAUGACAACGUUUAUUGCUGCGGCAAUCUCUUCACUCUUUGUCGGGUUUCUGGCGGACAAGUUUGGGAGAAGAAAUGCCUGUCUAGCGUUCUGUCUCAUCCACUCGCUCUCGGCGUUGAGCGUGCUUUCGAAGGACUUGAAAGUGCUGUAUGCGGGACAAGCACUUGGUGGAAUAGGGCUGGCGAUGCUCUGGACGGUGUUUGAGAGUUGGAUGGUGACUGAGUGGAACACUAGGAAGCUUGGAGAUGAGAGGCUAGGGACCAUGUUUGGGACCAUGACGAGGGCCAACUGCAGUGCUGCUGUGUUGGGUGGGUUGAUUGGCGAUUUGGCUGUGGAGGUGUCAGGGACGAGAAAGGGACCUUUUGUGGUUGGUGUGGCUAUCGAAGCUAUUGCUGCGGCCAUGCUUAUUUGCUGCUGGAAUGAGAACUACGGACAGCCAAAAGACAGCAAGGAGAAGCGCAUGACUCCAAAGGAGACCCUCAUACAGCUUGGAGACAUCAAAAUCUGGGCACUCAGCUUCAUCAGCUGCUGCUGGGAAGGCACCAAUUUCUUGGUCCUCUUCUUCUGGCCUGGUAUUCUCCAAGACGCACACAGACGCAUCCACGGACCUGACGCUGAGGAUGUGCCCUACGGCCCCAUCUUCGCUGCCUUCAUGUUGGCCAUGAUUCUCGGCGCUCUGCUGUUCAGUGCCAUCAUGAAGAGAAAGAAGAGCCGCCUCGCCUUGCCCGUCGAUCCUUCCCAAUCUCCCAGCAAGCCUUCCUGGUUGAAGAAAGCCUUCACCAAUCCCCACAACCUGAUGGGCAUCGUCAUCUUCAUCGGCGGCGGCUGUCUACUGCAAUCAGCAUAUGUCCCAAUCGAGAUCCUCGCCUUCUUUGGCUACUUGUUGUUCGAGUUUUGCAACGGCAUUUACGUGCCCUGCGUGGCGUACCAUAGGGGUAUCGUCGUCAACGAGGGCAGCAGAGCGGGUUUGUACGGUCUGAUGAAGUUGCCUCACUUCCUGUUUGUCAUCAUUGCACUGGCGACUGCUGUUGAAGACCCUCGCCACCGGCAAACUGUCUUCCUCGCUUGCUCCUCCACCCUCGUCGCUGCCUCUCUGGCGAGCAUCAUUGGACUGAGGGGCUCGGCGCCGGAAGAGAAGAAGCCCGAGAAUGACUUGGAGCAACUGAUGGAGAUGAGCGAUGGUGACAGCUUCCGGGAGAAGAUGCUCACGCCGCACACCCUGGCUUCGGCUUCGACACCAACGCUGUCCACCACGAGGCCGACCACGGCUCAUGAGAUUAUCAUGGAUAAGCAAUCCUGAGCGACUCACAGGCGUGCCCUACCAAGGCAAACCGCUAGCGACGAUACCCAGAAAGAUUCAACAUGAACGACAACUAGCCCUCAGUGGUCAACAGCCAACUAACGAGCGAUGAAGUAUGGUAUGUGCGAGUAAGAUGAACAGACGGGAUAAGGGAAGGUACAAGUAACAAACAUGGGCAGGACGGGAUUAACAUGAGGACAACAGCAAAAACAACAGCAACAACAAGAUAAACAACAACACAUUUGUACUUUUCUGUAAAUUAGUUGUACCCGACAUCUUAGUCCCUAAAACAACAAGGAAACAGACUUGAUCAUCCAGCCGCAAUAGAGCUUGAUCUCAAAAACAGCAAUCUCUCUCAUUGAACCCGAUAUCUACACCCUUGGUAUCUCGAACUUUUUCACU